AUGUUACGUCUCAAUAAGCACAUCAGUACUAUUGUACGUGGCAUCAGUACGAAAGAACUCGUGUAUACAGAGUAUGGAGAUCCAAGCAAAGUUAUAAAGCUAGUUGAGCGGGAGAUCGGAGAUCUACCGACUGGGCAUAUCCAUGUGAAAUGGUUAGCAUCGCCCAUUAAUCCAGCUGAUAUCAACCAAAUUCAAGGGGUUUAUCCCGUCAAGCCACCAUUCCCUGCUGUUGGAGGAAAUGAAGCUUGUGGCGAGAUUGUUCAAGUUGCUGAUGGUGUUCAAGGAUGGAAAGUUGGACAGAGAGUUAUACCUUCUCGCUCAGGUUUAGGAUGUUGGCGAACGGAUAGUUUCCAUACUCCUGGAGAACUGUUUCCAAUAGAAUCCGGCUUGUCAUUGGAACAUUCUGCAACUCUCCAGGUGAACCCACCAACUGCUUAUCGAAUGCUUCAUGACUUUGUAAAGUUGAAACCUGGGGAUACCGUGAUUCAAAACGGAGCCACGUCCGCCGUUGGUCGUGCUGCCAUUCAGAUCUGUAAAAUUCUUGGAAUCAAAACUGUGAAUAUCGUCAGGAAGAAAGAUGAUUUACAAAAAACUGUCGAUGAGCUUACUGCUCUAGGUGCUGAUCUCGUUAUCACUGAAGAGCAACUCUUGCGUGAAUACAAAGGAAAAAUCAGAGAUGUCGCUCUGGCACUCAACUGUGUUGGUGGUCGAUCAACUCUUUUUUUGGCAAAUACUCUUCGCCACAAAGGAUACAUGGUCACAUAUGGAGGAAUGAGCAAACAACCUCUUCAGAUCCCUACAGGACCAUUCAUCUUCAAAGAUAUUGUUCUCACAGGGUUCUGGAUGUCUAGAUGGUACGAAAUCCCGGAAAACAUGCAGGAACGUCAUAAUAUGUAUUCUCAGCUAUCAAAGUGGAUCAAAGAAGGAAAGCUCGAACAUCCCAAUUUCCAAAGAAGAUCUCUGGACGAACAUCCGGAAGCGUUGGAAACAGCAACGAACUUUAUUCACAAGCAAUUAUUUAUAUUUUAA